AUGUCUCUUCCUCCAGCACGUCCCAUAAAGCGACUAUUAGUUGCAAAUAGAGGAGAGAUCGCAAUUCGCAUUCUUCAGGCGGCUCGUGAAUUACCCAACAUCGAAACCUUUGCGCUUUACACAGCAGAUGACCGCUCACAUUGUGAUUUGGGAGCACCGCACCAUGCCGUAUCCUUGCCAUCUCCGUCAUCCUAUAUGGAUAUUGCUUUGCUGGUGCAGCUAGCGCGGGAACACUCCAUAGACGCAAUCCACCCGGGGUAUGGAUUCUUAAGCGAAAGUGCAGAAUUCGCCCAGCGCAUGUGGGAGGAAGCUGGGGUCAAAGUCAUCGGUCCCGGCUGGGAGGUACUGGCAAGGACAGGAGAUAAGCUGCAAGCGAAGAUGCUGGCGGAGGCAUGUCGCGUGCCGAUUUUGAAAGCGAUGAGAACGCCAACAAGCGAUAUUGGCUUGAUACGUCAAUUUGUAGCUGAGGUGGGAUAUCCUGUUAUGGUAAAAGCUGUAGAUGGUGGAGGCGGGCGGGGAAUCCGGUUUGUCAAGGGACCUGAUGAGUUGCAGUCUGCUAUUGAUCGGGCGACGGGGGAGUCCCCUUCCAAAAAGGUGUUCGUGGAAAAGGCUGCAGUGGGAGGGUUUCAUCACAUUGAGGUUCAGGUUGUUGGGGAUGGUACUGGCGAGGUCAGGCAUCUCUGGGAAAGAGAUUGUAGUGUGCAGCGGAGGUUUCAGAAGAUCGUGGAGUGUGCGCCUGCCAUGAUGAAGAACAGAACUUUGAUUAAAAGGGUCAUCGAGUCGGCAUUACGGAUGGCGAGUGAAAUCAAGUACUUGUCACUGGGAACCUUCGAGUUCUUGGCCAGCGAGAAACUAUCGAAGUUCUAUUUUCUAGAAAUUAACCCCCGUCUUCAGGUCGAGCAUACAAUCACGGAAUGCAUUUCAACAGUGGAUCUUGUCCAGACACAGCUUCUGCUAGCCCAAGGGGUGUCGCUGCGAGAUAUGGGGCUGGGCGACAUAAAGAAUCCAGAACAACCUCCCGCCACAUAUUCAAUCCAGUUGAGAUUAUGUGCUGAAGAUCCAACCGCCGAUUUCGCGUUGAGUAUCGGCAAAAUCACCGAAUUCCAUGUCCCUGGAGGCAACGGCGUCAGAGUGGAUACUCAUAUAUCGGGGUCGUCAUCGCUAGUCAUUGGCUCAGACUUUGAUAACAUGAUGGCAAAAAUAAUAGUCACCUCCACCAGUUGGGACGGCGUAGUUCGAAAGGCAUGCAGAGUGCUGAAUGAUGCAAGAAUAUCAGGGGUUAAGACCAACAUCGACGUCCUCAAAGGAAUUAUCGGGAACAUCGAGUUCCAAGAAUGGCAAAUCGAUACGCAAUGGAUGGAAAAGAAUUUGGGAGAUAUCAUUCAACAUGGAAAACAGCUGUCAAGCUCCAACUUGAAUAGAUCAAGCUUACCCAGCUUACCCAGCUUCUCCGCCUCCCAGGCAUUAUCUUUUGGAUCGUCAAGUGUCCUCUUCCGCAAAGGAGAUGCUUGGUCCGUCGAGUUGGCGCCCUUGAACUCGACAAAGGGACCCGGUUCCCAAGCUCCUCAUCAUCACCUUCUGCUGAGCAAACUUCUCCGCAACGAAUUUCCAACAUCGCUAAGCGCAGAAAUUGAGUAUACAACUCCAGCAACUGCGACUCAAACAGCAACGAUUACCCCGUAUCGAGUAACUUUGGCCAGGACGUCAGCUUCAUCAAGUUCGUUAUCAUCAACUCAUCGACGAGGAAACCCAAACAAUUCUUCCCACAUCACUCUUCCUAUGAGCGGAAAAGUGACUGAGAUGCUUGUAGAAGAAGGGGAUGAAAUCCAGGAAAACACCGUGAUCGCAUUUGUGAAACAAAUGAAAAUGGAACUCGAAGUUCGAAGCCCAAAGGCGGGGAGAGUUACAUGGGCUUUGGAGCUGGAAGAUGGGAAUGGGGAAGAUGUGCCAGAAGGUAUUUUACUGGCUGAGAUAACGCCAAUUGAUCCCCCGGAACAGGGCGUUGAGGUCAAGGGGAAGUUGUAG